AUGGCACCAGCAAAAGCAGCAAAAGCAGCAACUAAAUCAAAAAGCACACAAAAUAAAGUUGUAAAGAAAUCAAUUGGAGAUUCAAAGAAACCAGUUUCAACCAAUAAAGGUGUUGGUAAAGAUAAUAUAAAAGUUAAAGAAUUUAAAUCCGAUAAAAAACCAUUAAAUAAUAAAUAUAACGACAAAAAAAACACAACCACCACCACAACAACAGAUAAAGAAAAUGAAUCAAAUAAAUCAAAUGAACCAAAAAAGAAAUUAACAAAAAAAGAGAAAAGAGAAGAGAAAUUUGAAAAGAAAUCAAAAUUUGAUAAGAAUCAUUCAUUAGUUAGAGAUUUAAAGAUAUUAUGGGUUAAAAUUAAAGAGAUUAAAUUAUCAAGUGAAGAAAGAGCAACUUUGAUUGAACAAUUAACUCAAAAACUUAAAGGAAACGUAUUGAAUGUCAUUGUCAAACAUGACGCAUCACGUGUAGUCCAAACCCUAUUAAAGUAUGGCAAUGAAGCACAAAGAGAGAUUGUAUUCAAAGAAUUAAAAGAUCAAGAACUUACAAUUUCAAAGACACAAUAUGGUAGAUUUUUAAUUUUAAAACUCUUAAAAUACGGUACUGAAGAACAAAGAAACACAAUCAUUAAACAAUUCUAUGGUAAAUUCGUCUCAAUGAUCUCUCAUAAAGAAUCAUCCUCAGUUGUAGAAUAUAUCUUUUCAGAGAUUGCUUCAAAAUUACAAAAAACUCAUAUCAUUGAAGAAUUCUAUGGUCCAGAAUAUCGUUUAUUCAAAACUGAACAACCAAGAACUUUAGAUUCAAUAGUUGAAUCUUCACCACAAAAAAAAGAACCAAUCAUUACUUAUCUUUCAUCACAAUUAACUAAAAUUUUAUCAUCAAAAGGUGAACGUUUAGUUCAAUUUACAAUUAUUCAAACUUUAUUAAUUGAAUUUUUUAAACAUGCAUCACCAGAUAAUUGUGUUGAUAUGUCAGAAACAUUAGGUGAAUUAUUAUUACCAAUGAUUCAUAGUAAAGAAGGUAGUCAAGUUGCAUAUUAUGUAAUUUCAUAUGCAACACCAAAAACAAGAAAAUCAAUUGUAAAAUCAUUAAAAGAUUUCAUUCCAAAGAUUGCAAGUGAAGAGUAUGGUUUCUUAGCAUUGGUACGUUUAUUGGAUGUAACAGAUGAUACUCAAAUGAUUAUUAAAUCAGUUUUCAAUGAAUUGAUUCCAGUUUUACCAGAAUGUUCAAUCACUAAACAAGGUUCACUUUGGAUACUUCAUUUAUUGGCACCUUAUUCAGCUCAAAAUUUCACUGAACAAACUUUAUCACUCCUCACUAAAUCAAUGGUGAACAGUUGUGGUAUUCAACAUGAAAUUAGUAAAAAAGAUCGUGACCAAAGAAGAAAGGAAUUGUUGAAUUGGAUCUCACCAAAAUUAAUCGAACUUUGUUCAAAUCACACUCAAGACUUACUCUCAAGUCAAUGGGGUACAAAGGUUUUAAAUCAAACUUUAAAGAAUGCCGAUGGAAAUAAAAUCAUCUUAAUGAAGAGAAUCUUGGAUCUCCUUGAACAAGAAGAGUUCCUUGAAGAACAACAUAUUAACAUUCAAUCACUCUUACGUAAUGAUCAUAUUAAAUCAACUGAUCUUCCACAACAAUUGAUUGAAAAACAUAAUUGGAUCGAUCUUUGUACUAAAAAUCAAAAUAUCGUUUACAUCUAUCGUGAUCUCUUAAAAUCUUUACCAAAUGAUCUCAAAGAUAAAGAAACUAUUCAAUUAAAAAAAUCAAAAUCAAAAUUAGAAGCUACCAAAUUUAAAGGUAUUGAAAAUUUAUUUAAUUUAAAAGAUGAUUUAGAAUUACAACAACAAAAUGAUGAAAAGAAACCAGUUGAAGAUAAAAAGAAACCAGCUGCUGCUGCUACAACUGUCACCAAAAAAGUAACUGAAGAACCAACUACUACCACAACUACUAUCACCACAUCUAAAAAAGUUACAAAAACUACAACUACUCCAGCAGCAGUUACUUCAACAACAAUUAAAAAAUCAACAAUUAAAAAAUAA